UAUAAAAGCCCUCUCCCCUUCAGCUGGAGCCCAUUUCUUGGUCUGAAGUCUCACAGUGGGGAAAGCAGGGAUGAAGCUACUCUUUACAGCUACUUUUGCGCUCUUUGUGCUGUCUGCCUUUGACCAGGCAGACUCCUCAGCUUAUGACAAGAUAGUUGCCCAUAGUCGUAUUCGAGCAAAGAAAGAAGGACCAAAUAUGUGCGCUCUCCAGCAAGUGGUGGGGACAAAGAAGAAAUACUUCAGCACUUGCCGUAAUUGGUACCAAGGAGCCAUCUGUGGAAAGAAAGCGACUGUGUUGUAUGAGUGCUGCCCAGGUUACAUGAAGCUGGAUGGAAUGACCGGCUGUCCUGCAGUUGCUCCCAUUGACAAUGUUUUUGGCACCCUUGGCUUGGUCAAAGCCAUAACGACCCAGGACUACUCUGCUAUAUCCAAGCUACGGGAAGAGAUCGAAGGCCCUGGGUCGUACACAUUCUUUGCCCCCAGUAAUGAUGCCUGGGAUCUUCUCGAUCCGGAGGUAAGGAGUGCUCUGGUGAGCAAUGUUAAUAUUGAGCUUUACAAUGCUCUGCACUAUCACAUGGUCAACAAACGUCUGCUUACCAAAGACCUCAAGAACGGAAUGACUCCCACAUCCAUGUACAACGACUUGAACCUGCUCAUCAAUCAUUACUCCAAUGGGAUUGUCACAGUGAACUGUGCCAGGAUCAUUCACGGCAACCAGGUGGCCACCAAUGGAGUGGUCCACGUCAUUGACCGUGUCAUCACGGCUGUUGGCAACACUAUUCAGGAUGUGAUCGAAGUGGACGACGACCUGAGUACUUUGAGCAAUGUGGCCACUGCAUCCGGUUUGAUUGAGAAACUGGGUCAAAAGGGACACUUCACCCUGUUCGCCCCAACCAAUGAGGCCUUUGAAAAGCUAGACAGAGAGGUUCUGGAUAGGCUUAUGGAAGACAAGAAAUCCCUCCAAGCUCUCUUCAACUACCAUCUGUUGAACUCUGUUCAGUGCUCCGAGGCCAUCAUGGCCGGCACAUCUUAUGAGACCCUGGAGGGCAGCAACAUCGAGAUUGGCUGCGAUGGAGAUAGUCUCACAGUCAACGGCAUCAAGAUGGUACUCAAGAAGGACAUCGUCACCUCCAAUGGAGUCAUCCACCUCAUCGAUCAAGUCCUCAUGCCCGACUCUGCUAAGCAGGUUAUGGAGUUGGUUGGAAAAUCUCAGGGCACCUUCAGUGACAUGUUGACAGAGCUGGGCUUGUCUGCAGCUAUGAGACCCCAGACUGAGUACACGCUCCUGGCUCCACUGGACAUAGCAUUCAACGAUGAGGUGAUGUCCAUGGACCAGAGCUUCCUGAAGAUCAUUCUGGAAAACCACAUCCUGAAGAGCAAGAUUGUGCUGAGUCAGCUGUACAAUGGUCAGCGCCUGGAAACACUUGCAGGAAAAUUUCUCAGAGUCUUCGUUUACCGCACAGCUGUCUGCAUUGAGAAUUCCUGCUUGAUCCGUGGAAGCAAAGAAGGAAGUAACGGCGCCCUCCAUCUCAUGAAGACCCUGAUCACACCAGCAGAUUCAAGCAUGUACCAACUUCUGUUGAAAAACGGAGGCUUCAAGAUCUUUUUGUCUCUGAUGGAGACAGCUGGCCUGACUGAUCUGCUCAAACAGGAAGGAGAUUACACACUUUUUGCUCCCACAGAUGAAGCUUUUGCAGGGCUCAGUGAGAGAGACUUGACUCUUUUGAAGAGUGACAUUAACGCCCUCAGAGCAAUCCUGCUCUAUCACUUCAGUAACGGCAUCUUCAUCGGAGGAGGCUUGGAGACUGGGGUCACUAACCUCCUGAAAACUCUCCAGGGCAGCAAUUUGAAGGUGUUGUUUGCAAAUGGGAGCAUGCUGGUCAACACUGUGAAAGUUCCUGAUUCUGAUCAAAUGACCACAAAUGGAGUCGUUCAUUUUGUUAGGACUCUUCUGUACCCUGAGGAUAUACCGGUUGGGAACCAGGACCUCCUUUCACUCCUGAGAAGGAUCAUCCGAUACAUCCAGAUUAAGUUUGUCUCUGGAUACAGAUAUCAGGAGAUCCCUCUGACAUUCAUAAAAAGAGUCAUCACAGGUAAUUGACACCAAUGCAGCUCAUUACUAACGAGAGGGCUAUUUUAUUGAUUUGUUGCAUCUGUCUAAUGAGGAUUGUUUUUUAUAUAUGCAGUCCAUAGGGAGCCCACCAUCACCAAGGUGACACGGGUUAUUGAGGGCCCAACAAAAAUUAAAAAGGUUACCCGUGUGAUUGAAGGUAAGCCCUCAGUCACUAAGGUCACCAGGGUAAUCGAAGGAGAUCCUACCAUGACUAAGGUUACCAGAGUCAUCGAAGGGGAUUCAUCUCAUACCACAGUCAUUGAAGGUUUUGGCGAGAAUCCUGGAGAAAUCACAAAGUUCAUUGAAGAGGGAAGGCCUCGAAAACCAGCAGUUCCCCGGAGGAGACCCUAAAUCAAGACCAGCCGCAGUGAACCCAAGUAGAAAACAAGACCUGAGGAGUAUAUCAUAUACCUCCUUUAUUUACUUGUGCAAUGGUUCAGAACCUACCAUGUUGGAGUUGAGUUUAAGGCAAAACAAAAUCUCGAUUUUGCUCAUUCUUGUUGCACCACAAAUAAUAGAUGAUUUUGUUCAAGUACAUUUGGUCCAAACAGAAAUAUGAAAUUCCCCAUAUGUAUGUAAAUAUUUCAAGCAUUCUCUUUUGUUGUUGUUGUUGUUGUAAAAUGUGGUUUGAAAAAGCACAUGUUCAUAAAUGUAUGUGACUUGAUUACACAACAUCUGAUGCUGUCUGAUGAUUUUGUGUUCAAACAAUUCAGAAACCUUUGUACAACCAUGCAUCACGUGUGGAAUACCGGUACACUUAAGGUAUCCGAACAAAAAAAAAGAGUUUAUAUGAAAUACAUGGUAUUGGGAAGAGUUGCCUUAAACCACUAAUAUGAAUUUAUUUUUCUGAGGUUUACCAUUGCAUGGAGAAUGAUUUUAUGGUGCUCAUGUUUAGAUGGUGUAAAAUCUAAAAUAAAGAUAGAAAUUGUGUAGCAUUGUUUUGUUCUAAAAUCUCAAAUAUUUUUCAUGUUUCUUUUCUGGUGGGGUAAAGGUUAAAUGUUCUUCUUUAGUUUUUUGUGUGUGUUCUGUAUGUAAGUGUGUCCAUUUGUAUAAACCGUGCAUAUAUGUGCUGAACAAUGCAUGCUUUGAAAGUUCAAAGCUUUAUCUCAAACUGAAUUUUCAUGUUUCCAGUUCAAAUUUAAUUCAACAUGAACAGGUUUUGGCUACUUUGCAUUUAUUUUUUCAAUUUCCAUAAUAAACUCAACUUGUAGACAUGGAA